UUGAAACUCUCAGUCCCAGAAGGGCGUGUUUUACAGCUCUCUUCUGCCUUAGGACUUCAGCUGUGACCUGCAGAGGUAUGCCAGAGAGAAGCUACUUGAGACAUUUACAGUUCCCUGGUCAGAGCUAGCCAUGACGCGGACUUCUACGUGCAUAUACCACUUUCUCGUUUUUAGCUGGUAUGUCUUCCUCAAUUUUCAUAUCUCACAACAAGCAGGGGAUCCGCGGAAAUCCAAACUCUUUAUAAAUGGUGGACAAUGGAAGUACUUGACAUUCCUGAAUCUGCUCUUGCAGGCCAUUUUCUAUGGGGUCGCCUGCCUGGAAGAUGUGCUGAAAAUAACUACAGGAAAAAAAGACAUUAAGCUCGUAACUGCCUUCAGAGACCUGCUUUUCACCACACUGGCUUUUCCAAUGUCCACAUUUGUAUUUCUGUCAUUCUGGAGCCUCUUUCUCUAUGAUCGAGAACUCGUGUACCCUAAGGCCAUGGAUGAUCUCUUUCCAGUAUGGUUGAAUCAUGCACUGCACACAUCCAUAUUGCCCUUCUCACUGGUCGAGGUCAUCCUCAGGCCCCACUGCUAUCCACUGAAGAAGAAAGGACUCACCUUCUUGGCUGCUGCUAUCCUUGCUUAUGUCAGCAGGGUUCUAUGGAUCUACUCUGAGACGGGCACGUGGGUAUAUCCUGUGUUUGCCAAACUCAGUCCGAUGGGUCUAGCAGCCUUCUUCUCUCUCAGCUACAUCUUUAUUGUCAGCAUCUACCUAUUUGGAGAGAAGCUCAACCACUGGAAAUGGGGUGACGUGAUGCAGCUGAGCUCUAAGAGGAAGUGACUAGAAGCCAUUUUCCAAGAACUGAGGACGAAGAAAACACAAUAACUUUUUUCAUCUUUUCUCUUUUUUCUGGUGGGAGGGGGUAGAAGCAACAUAGGAAGGUAUAAAGGACAGGGAAUGAUAUUUUAAAUUUAAUAAGACGGUUAUAAAGGUAGCUUAAUUUGAGGACUCUUGGUUCUUUGAAGCUUUUACUGGACGUGCCCAAAACAACUCCUGCUGUCUCAGAAUUUGUUACGUUCGUCUGACCUCUGUGGAGGAUGGUCCGUGGUCAAAUUCUGGCCAAAGAAACUCACAAAAUGCGGUGUUAGAGAAAGUUUAGAGAGAAAAAGGAACUUAGAUCAUCUAAACUCUUCACUUUACAGAGGAGAAUGCUGAGGACCUUGAUGAGAAGUUACCUGCAUGAGGCCAAAGAGUCAGUGUCAGAACCAAGACAACAGCUUUUGUCUCCCAGACCUUCUAACUCCCAGUCCUGUGCCAUUUUUGAAAAAAUCUCAAUUUUCCUAAAAUCAAACACUUUUAUAAGUUAGUUAUUUUUCAUGGAUUGCUCAUAUAUAUUUUUUCCUCAGUCUAGACGGAAAUGUAGGGAGAUGGAUGCUACUGAAGUUGUCUACCUAGUAUGACAGCAAAUUAGCUGGGGCGGUGAAAAAAUAAAUCACAGAAAAUACUGGGAAAUCUGUUCUUCUUGUGAGAAAGCAUUUGCAGAAAGUAAACAAUGAACAUAG